UGUAUGCUGUGAGCUAUUCCCUGGAUCCUGACUCCUGUCCCUGUUUGCUGUUUCUGCACUAUUGGUCAGCUCGUUGUGAUCUCUCAGGGCACACAGAUGAUGAGAGUAUUUCUAUCAACAAGUGGCAGGAGGGAGUGUGUAAGUCAAGCUGGGAAGGGAGUAAAGGACAGUGAAGAGGACAGACCAGAGGACACUAACAUGAUGGCCAUGCAGACUGAAUUAUUGUCUCUCCUUUUGCAGCUGGCUGUCUCAGUGGCGGCUCCUGUGCCGUGUGAGCAGAAAGUGUCGAGUCUGGAGGAAGAGAUUGCCGGGCUGAGGAAUGUGAUCGACGACCAGCAGAGAUACAUCCAGGUGCUCCACAACCACCAGGCUCAGCUGCUGGAGCACGUCCCCAAUUCACAUCUGGGCCCCCAAAACCUCUACAGAGAUUGCUCUGAGGCGUUUUCUGAAGGGAAUGUGGCCAGUGGUUUGUACGUGAUUCGGCCCGAUGGUUCGCCCACAGCGCUCAGUGUUUACUGCGACAUGAACGACGGCGGAGGAUGGACAAUCUUUCAGAGAAGAAGAGAUGGCAAAGAGAACUUUGACAGAGCAUGGGUGGAGUACAAGCAUGGAUUUGGCGACCUCCACUCUCCAGACGGAGAAUUCUGGCUGGGCAAUGAUGCGCUACACUAUCUCUCCUCACAAGGAAAGUAUGACCUGCGCAUCAAUAUGGAGGACUUUGAUGGUAAAACACGCUUUGCAGAGUACAAGAACUUCAAAGUGGACAGUGAGAAGGACCAGUACCAGUUGCACCUAGGGGACUACAGUGGCAAUGCGGGGGAUGCUCUGGCUGACGUGCACACCAGCCAGCGUCCAGCUCCAGGCAGCGGCUUAACCAAAGUCAAAUUCAGCACCUAUGACCAGCAGCCGGGUGGCGACGCCAAGUGUGUCAGGCACAGCAAGUCCGGCUGGUGGUUCAGCAGAUGCGAUUCCGGGAACCUGAACGGCCAUUACUACAAAGGACCGUACCAGGCGUUGACUGACGACGGGGUGGUGUGGUACACAUGGCACGGCUGGUGGUACUCCAUCAAAUCUGUGGUCAUGAUGAUGCGAGCCGCGGACCUGCAAAGUCCACCGGCAACGUCCCCGAGACAGUUAGACCCAAACAGAGCAGCGGGUCAUUUUACUUAUUACUCACUUGACUGAAAUGCUGAAGCAGGGGUGUCAAACGUACGGCCCGAGGGCCGGAUCAGGCCCGCGGACAGGUUCUAUCCGGCCCGUGGGAUGAGUUUGCUAAGUAUAAAAAUGAACCUGAAAUUUUUUGAAUGAAAGAAACUGCUGUUCUAAAUGUGUCCACUCGAUCAGUGUUUUUCAACCUUUUCUGAGCCAAGGCACAUUUUUUUUCAUUGAAAAAAAUCCAGAGGCACACCACCGGGCAGAAAUAAUAAAAAAAAGAGGGACCCUUUCCCCAAAAUUAAAAAAACGGUCUGGUUCAACAGCACAAUUCUGGUCCUGUAGUUGUAGGAGACGUCUCAAAACCUCAUCAGGAGUCCCCACAAAACCCGAAAAUGGCAGAAAAUGUAUAUUUUUUGAAAACUUUUUUACGCAAAAAAUUUUGUAAGAGAAAAUUAAUAUUUUUAAAAACUUUUUCACCAAAAUGUCGUGGGGGGACCCUUACCAAACAAUUUAAAUACUGUCUUGCUUCGACAGCACAAUACUGGUCCUGUAGUUGUAGGAGAUGUCUCAAAACCUCAUCAGGAGUCCUGACAAAAUCCGUAAAUGGCAGAAAAUUUUUAUUUUUUGAAAACUUUUUUCGUUCAAAUUUUGUAAGAGAAGAUUAAUAUUUUUAAAAACAUUUUUCCACCAAAAUGUCGUAGGGGGGACCCUUACCUAAGAAUUUAAAAAAUGGUCUUGCUUCAACAGCACAAUACUGGUCCUGUAGUUGUAAGAGACUUCUCAAAACCUCAUCAGGAGUCCCGACAAAACCCGUAAAUGAAAGAAAAUGUAUAUUUUUUGAAAACUUUUUUUCGCGAAAAUGUCAUAAGGGGGGGACCCUUACACAAAAAAUGUAAAUACUGUCUUGCUUCAACAGCACAAUACUGGUCCUGUAGUUGUAGGAGAUGUCUCAAAAUCUCAUCAGGAGCCCCGACAAAACCCGUAUAUGGCAGAAAAUUGUUUUUUUUUUUUGCUUUUGUCCUCCAAAUUGUCGUAAGGGGGGACCCUUACCCAAAAAUUUAAAAACAUGUCUUGCUUCAACAGCACAAUACUGGUCCUGUAGUUGAAAGAGACGUCUCAAAACCUCAUCAGGAGUCUCCACAAAAUCCAAAAAUUGCAGAAAAUUUAUAUUUUUUGAAAACUUUUUUCGCUAAAAUUUUGUAAGAGAAAAUUUAUAUUUUUUAAACCUUUUUUCCGGCAAAAUGUCAUAAGGGGGGACCCUUACCCAAAAAUUUUACAAAUGUCCUGCUUCAACAGCACAAUACUGGUCCUGUAGUUAUAAUAGUCGUCUCAAAACCUCAUCAGGUGUCCUGACAAAACCUGUUAAUGGCAGAAAUGUGGGGGUUUUUUUAAGCUUUUUUUCCCUUAAAUGUCGUAAGGGGGUACCCUUACCCAACAAUUAAAAAAACUGUCUUGCUUCAACAGCACAAUACUGGUCCUGUAGUUGUAGGAGACGUCUCAAAACCUCAUCAGGAGUCCCCACAAAACCCGAAAAUGGCAGAAAAUGUAUAUUUUUUGAAAACUUUUUUACGCAAAAAAUUUUGUAAGAGAAAAUUAAUAUUUUUAAAAACUUUUUUCACCAAAAUGUCGUGGGGGGACCCUUACCAAACAAUUUAAAUACUGUCUUGCUUCGACAGCACAAUACUGGUCCUGUAGUUGUAGGAGAUGUCUCAAAACCUCAUCAGGAGUCCUGACAAAAUCCGUAAAUGGCAGAAAAUUUUUAUUUUUUGAAAACUUUUUUCGUUCAAAUUUUGUAAGAGAAGAUUAAUAUUUUUAAAAACAUUUUUCCACCAAAAUGUCGUAGGGGGGACCCUUACCUAAGAAUUUAAAAAAUGGUCUUGCUUCAACAGCACAAUACUGGUCCUGUAGUUGUAAGAGACUUCUCAAAACCUCAUCAGGAGUCCCGACAAAACCCGUAAAUGAAAGAAAAUGUAUAUUUUUUGAAAACUUUUUUUCGCGAAAAUGUCAUAAGGGGGGGACCCUUACACAAAAAAUGUAAAUACUGUCUUGCUUCAACAGCACAAUACUGGUCCUGUAGUUGUAGGAGAUGUCUCAAAAUCUCAUCAGGAGCCCCGACAAAACCCGUAUAUGGCAGAAAAUUGUUUUGUUUUUUUGCUUUUGUCCUCCAAAUUGUCGUAAGGGGGGACCCUUACCCAAAAAUUUAAAAACAUGUCUUGCUUCAACAGCACAAUACUGGUCCUGUAGUUGAAAGAGACGUCUCAAAACCUCAUCAGGAGUCUCCACAAAAUCCAAAAAUUGCAGAAAAUUUAUAUUUUUUGAAAACUUUUUUCGCUAAAAUUUUGUAAGAGAAAAUUUAUAUUUUUUAAACCUUUUUUCCGGCAAAAUGUCGUAAGGGGGGACCCUUACCCAAAAAUUUUACAAAUGUCCUGCUUCAACAGCACAAUACUGGUCCUGUAGUUAUAAUAGUCGUCUCAAAACCUCAUCAGGUGUCCUGACAAAACCUGUUAAUGGCAGAAAUGUGGGGUUUUUUUUAAGCUUUUUUUCCCUUAAAUGUCGUAAGGGGGUACCCUUACCCAACAAUUAAAAAAAUUGUCUUGCUUCAACAGCACAAUACUGGUCCUGUAGUUGUAGGAGACGUCUCAAAACCUCAUCAGGAGUCCCCACAAAACCCGAA